AAAAUCACCCAAAACAUGCUACUUAAACUAGAUUGGAUUGUAUUUCAUUAUCGACAUAUUAUAUAUCCAAUAUGUAUACUCCAUAGAAAAGUGGACCGGGUUUCGGCAUUAAAUUCCCCGGCUAAAAAGGGGGCCCACCUCGGCCCUGCCUGAAUCUAACCAUUCAUUAACAUCAUUGGAUUGAAGGUUGGUUUUAAACUCGGGCUAAUGCAUUGUCAAUUAGAAUACAGUGAUGGCAGCCUUUCCCCUGUAGCAGACAGAGACCAUGCAGACAGAGGUGAGGAAAUAGGCACAGUGUGAGGGCGACGUCCCGGGAGCUUUUAUUGUUAUCUAACGGGAUCAGGGCGCAUCUUCAAAGCUACAGAGAUCAAGAGUCCCACAGGGCCGAUUGGGACUGCGACCUCCACAGCGAUAGAUCGCCGAGGAGACAACUAAGGGCCAGGCUUUUAUCUUUAUUGUCGUAUAACUAAACGAUCAGUUUAGUGGCAUUGUUCCUGAGCAGAUGCCUGCAGAGAUCGCUGCAGGCGCGGCCCGUAAAACCGGCCAGGUUAGUUAGUUUGUGGAAAUAUGUACAUACAAUUUUGCUAAUAUUUGGUGUUUCCUUCUUUUAAAAAUAAACAUCACCAUAUAUAUAUGUGUAUACUUCUACUACUAUUAUUAUUAUUAGGAUAAUCCGGAUGAUUGCAAUUUUGCCUUUUAAUAACAAUGUUCAUGGUUUUAUCCAUGAGCCUGUUUGCUUUCAGAGGUCUGCGGUUUCCUCGCAGCUUGUUUUGACGUAUUUCCAUUUGAACGCGGAGACAAUCAGCUGUAAUUGUGUUGCUACUGUAAUACCUUUGAUCUGUAAUGUUUGAAGUGCUUGUGCCAAAUGCUAGCCCUCAGGUAGCCGGCGCCAGCGCACACCAGGGUAUCAAAGACAUGUCAAUACGAAAGUGAACCCCCCUCCUCACCUCAGCCCGCUUUGAUAACACAAAUGGGACCACGACUUGAAGUCUUCAGGGGCAACAGUUUUGCCGGUGUUUACAGACCUGGAAGACAGACAGUGUCCAUUAUGGGUGACUUUAUCAAGCGCAGUACGUUUACACGUAUAAUAUCGGACUUUUACGUACAAAGUAAUUUUCCAAAUCACGUUUUAAAUUUCAAAUUAACCCUUCAAACGUACAUCUAUAGUAUGUUUUUAAAGUCGUGUUUAAAAUGCUCUUUUUAACUUUUAGACACUGUUCCUGUAUGACACUUGAGCAAAAAAAAAAAAACUAUUCAACGUUUUUACUCACACAUUUCACCUUUAGGCACAAAUUAUGAUUGUAAAUGUAUAUAUUAACCCCUAUAUUUGAUCUUUGUGCGCACACAAUGUUCCGAUUGUAUUAUUAUUCUAUUUAUAAAAUUGUUGUUAAUGACUUCAACUCACAGUUUCUCCACAUAAUCCUAUUUCCUUUAGAUAUUAAUUAUUAAUAAUUGACACAUUUCAUUUUAUAUUAUUGUUAUACAUAUUCCCUAGUUUGGUGUUUUUGCAGAUGCGUUUAUUAAAGGUAAACCUUAACGGUGGAAAGCACACGAUAUUCGGUGACUAUUUUUGGCUCCUCCGGAGUUGGAAGAUUUUUUGCCUGUAUGCAGAAGCUUGCCGUUUUUAACAGUUCUCCUCAUUUUUGUAUUCCGAUUAUGUCUGUUUCUGUAAAGUCUUGUAGUUUCAGGCAGGCCAGACAAAUGCAUGAGCUCCGGGGACUCUCACAGACUCAGUGGCGCCAGGUCUUCACACACACACAGGAUAUGUGAAGACUUCAAUAACGAGCCAUUAACCCCUAAUCAUGAGGAUCGAUCGGGCUUUACAAGCGCCUUCACACAUGCAAAUGGCGACGAAGGCCAGGCCCCAAUAAAAGCUGACCCUGCUCCACAACCACAGGACAUUCACUCACUCUGACUUGGACUUAGUGACAGGUCACGAAGCAGCACUGACAACAUGGCCAAAUACUUCUCCGUGGACUGGCUGGCCCAGAGCCACCGCGACAUCACCAACAGCGAGGAGAGCCACGGAGUUGGCACGGACACCGCACUGACCCACAGACCUCACAUUCCCUGCGUGGUACAGCCGCGCCCCCCCGCUUUGGGCAGGGGUUACCUGCAGCCAAAACCCAAACCUUUGAAGACUGUUGAAAACACAGAGUCGUCAGAAAACCAAAGGAGUCUGGACUCGACUUUUUCUUCCCCUGUGCAUCCAACAAGCUGUUCCUCACCAAUUUCAGAAACCAGUGGCUACUCCUCCGGCUACGAGAGCGAAGCAGCUUCCUCCGAGUGCCCGUCCGUGGAUGAGGGGAGUGAGACGGACAGAGAAGGACCACAGCGCCGAGUACGCACCAAGUUCACCCCGGAACAGAUCAACAAGUUGGAAAAGAUUUUCAACAAGCACAAAUACCUGGAUGCUGGGGAGAGAGUGAAGACAGCACAGAGGCUGAACCUGACAGAGACACAGGUGCGCACCUGGUUUCAAAACAGAAGGAUGAAAAUGAAACGGGAAGUACAGGACUACCUCACCCCCCAAGUCCCACCGGUGAUCUUCCAGGCUCUGGCCCCAGUUCCGUAUAGCGGCAUGGUCGCACAGAGACCCCACUAUCCGGCAGCCGCGACCCACCAGCCCUAUUAUUACCCUCUACAGAUGCCGCAGAUGGUCCUUCAACAACAAAUGCCCCCGCACCAUCCUCCACAUCUCAUCCUCCAAAAUCCCCACUGCUACUGAUAGACUGACCAAACUGCAGAGACUGUUCCCACUGUGACACUUAAAAUCAGAAGAAUGUGCAAUCUGGAAUUGUAUUAUUUGUUGUGUGUAUUUUAUUGUAUUUGAGAAAAUAAUGUAUUUGAUUCGCAGAAAAUUAUAUUUAUCUUUAAAUAAAGUCUAUCUUCUAUAAUG